UCAAGGUUCCUUGUAGGAGAGAUACCAGCAAGUCGGAGUUUCCUGCUAAAGAAGAUAACUUAAUGUAAGUUGGUCCGAUGUAAUAUUACGGGUAAAGUUUAGUGUGAUAUUGACUCGCGACUCUUCCACUUUCGCCAACGUCCAAGAAAUAUUUAUUUAGAAUAAAUGUGGCAACAAACUUUUCUCGGGUGGACUAUUGCGAUUACAUGCAUAAGAUUGCUUAGAAGUGAAAAUGUAGUGUUAAGGUGCGAUGAGUUCUUCAGAGAAUAUCCAAGUGAUUUUGAUUUUUUGAAUGGUGAACCACCAGUCGACCAUUUCUGCACAAUAACAGGAUUACAUGUAAACCACCGGCAACAAGUGAUGGUGGAUAUAGGAACUCCGCAUAGAAUAUAUUCAGCCGAAACGAUCACUUUCAUGAAAUUCUACGACUCUUCGUUGCUAUACGUUCCAGAAAUCAUUUUUGCCGAAUUCCGCCACUUACAAGGCUUGGAUAUUUCCAAUUCAGGCAUCAUUGACUUGUCACAUAACACAUUUGUCUCAGCGAUCGAACUGACAAGGUUGAAUUUAAGCCGGAAUGAUAUCAAAGAGAUGAUUGGUGCCGUAUUUUUGGGUGCUACCAGCUUACGUGAAAUCGACUUAAGUUACAACCGACUAAGCAGAUUGAACGAGCACACGUUUAGCGGACUAACAUCUUUAUCUACCCUCGAUUUGAAAGGAAAUCAAAUUAUUGAUGUCGAAGAUAACCUCUUCGGGGAUAACUCUAUGCUUCAGAAUGUGAACCUUCAAGGAAACCAUAUCACCCACAUCGGUGUAGGCGUUUUUGAUAAGUUGAAAUUUUUGACUUCGGUAGAUUUAUCUGGAAAUCAACUUACAGAAGUUGAUGCUAAUAUCUUCAAAGGUUCCGACAGUAUUCAUUCCAUCUAUUUAUCUGGUAACCACCUUAAACAGUUACAUUUAGUCGUGCGUGAUAGCCUUAGGAUUCUGGAUGCCGAGCGCAAUGAGUUACAAACAAUAAAUAUAAACUGCACCGACUUCAACGUGGGUCCGAAAAAUGGAACACCUUGCAAAUCGUUAGAAAACCUCCGGCUAUCUCACAAUAAGUUUACAAAUUUAAAAGAUGUAUCUCAUUUCGUGAAUUUAAAAGAGUUGACGUUUUCCUAUAAUUACAUCGGCAAAGUGAACAUAUCUACAUUUACAAAACUUAAAAACCUGAAAAAAUUGGACUUGAAAAGUACAAAUCUGAGUGGGCUUACUUUCGGAACGUUUUCACAACAAGAGAAUCUUAAGUUCUUGGAUAUAUCGGAAAACAAUUUGGGCCACCUAAAUCUAGAUAUAUUUCUUCCCUACAUGUAUAGAAAUUUAGAAGAAUUCUAUGUGGGUGGGAAUAACUUAUCAGAAAUAUCGGGACGGCAUAAAUUCUCGGCGUUUUCGUCUCUGCGGAAGUUAGGUUUGGGUCGAAACCUGUUCAAUUGUUCCUAUUUAUUGCAAUUGGUAACAGUCCCCUAUUUACAUCCAGAUGUAGAUGUUCGCGUCCUUGAAGCUAAUGUCUCAGAUGAUCGAGAACAUAUCCAUGGAAUUGAAUGUACAAACCGAGCCAAUCUCAGCAAAAGCUCCGAUACUAAGGAUAUCAUGCACCACACAUUAAACCCCAAGGACACCCUCCGUCAACUCCGAUUUCAUGAAGACCAGCUGGAACGUCAUUUACUUUUGAUGCGAUGUUUUACUGCAUUCAUAGCUGUUUUAGGUCUCUGCAUAGUAGUCUUCAAGAUGGCGCAAUUUUUCACUCGGAAUAGGAAUUCACUGGUGAACACGAUUUCAUAUAGGUCAACCAAUACAAUUCGAUCAGAGAUCGAUGUUUGAUAACAAAGUGAGAGUGCUAAUAAAUAGAUCAUUUUGUAAUGUAAGUAUGAUAACGUAAAUCAAUAGUAGCAAAUUACUCUGAACUAUUUGUACCUAUCAUAUUCAUUACCUAAUGAAUUUCGUUUUUCGUAGAUAGUUUAUGGGUGUGUCCGAUUUUGGGUGAAGAACCGAGUUUUCUGUAUGUUUAUAUUCUGUGAAUAAAUGUGUUUAAGUACCUUCCUUA